UCUAACUUAAAAGUAAGUAUGUUAUAUAAGAUUACUCUAGACACAUGACGAUAGUGACACGAUUCUUCAUAUGUGGAAUGCGAGAAGCCUAGAACCCUCUUAUCUAUGGCGUACUCAGUACUCUACCACAGUGAUGGUGGAGCACGAAGCACGUGCUUGGCACGAGCAACAACUUUCCCGCCAAAAAGUUGUUACGAACCUAACGAACCAAACCGAGACUCUUCAUCUCCGAACAGCUUCAGAGAGUUUCCUCUGAAUCGCACCGUAACUGCCAUUUCUUCUUCUUCUUCUUCGUCUCGCGUUCUCUCUGUGCAUGCAUCGAAAUGCAGCAGAGAUCUGCAACCUCAAGCUCGCGCUGCUCCGGCGAUGUGCACAGAGCCAUCAUCAACAUCGGCGCAAAGCGGAAAAGGAACACCGACGACGACUCACUCGACGGCCUUCCGCUUUAUCACCUCCGCCGUGCUGCCACCGGAAAGAGAGAAAUUCCUCGGCCACGAACGCCGCCGGCAGAGAAAUGGAUUCACGCUAUCCCUGUGCUCGUGCUGCUCUGCCUCUUCACUCUCUGGUGCAUCUCUAUUCGAGUGGAUGUGGAGAUCAAGGAUGGUAGAAUUACAGACAUACGAGAGAGUGUUAUACCAGUGCCGAAUGAUAAUCGAAUUGACAUUACUAUAUUGGCAGCAGCUACUGCAUCAUCACCAUUUCCUUCAAUUCCUCUAAAUCUGUCAGGUGAGAACGAAGAAACUUACCUCAUUCCAGCGAGUUCUCCUAAUUGAAGAAUUAACAGUUUUCUUUAUAAGAAUGAAGGGGAAGAAGAUGCUGAAGGAUACUGAUGAUUUUUGUGAGUAAAUUCUCUUCUGAUAGUAUAGAAUAGAAAUGUCAAUGUCAUGUAAAAUUGUGCUUUGUUGAUAGUUUUGCAAUUAGUCUCAUUUGUUGCAUUAGAGAAGAAUAAUGAACUUCUCACAUAGAAUAAGCUGCUUCUAUGCUUUUUGUUGACUUUACAUUGAUGAAAAGAGGGGAGCUAAAAAAACUGUAGAAAGAUGAGAUCAGUAGCUCCUGACAUUAUGAUCAAUGACAGUAGUUUUUCAGUUUUCUUUCUGUGCACUUUCUGAUGCAACUAGCAGCCAAGAAAGUAGAGAAAAAAAAUAACCUGAAUUUGGUAGCUCAAUUUUCACCUUAGAGAAUCACAAAUCACUAACCUCGCCCUCUCGACAAUUUCCCACCCAUAUGUACAUAGUUGAGCUCUUUCUUGAUGGUUGAACUCUACAACAAUCCCUCCUUGGUGACUGCAAAAACAGGUUUUAUGAUUUAGUCAGUAAAAAAGGACCCAUUUAGUGUUCAUAGAGUAUAAAGAAAAGAAAUAUCUGAUUAUGAUAUGCAUGUGUGAAUGUGAGUUUGAGAGCAUCCCUACCCUUUGCCAGCGAAGAGUGUCUGGUCUUUUUGAAACUAUGAUGGUAUCGAUUUCCUCCGGUGACUGCAUUGUCCACCGGCAUUGAGGAGGUUUAGAUUUGUAGCGAGAAUAAGUGCCUAUAAUCUGCUUCCUGGCUGGAUCAUGUCUUGUUUUGUUCAUGUAGAAAAGGAACGCUUUCUGACAAGGGUUUUUAGUCACUGGCCUUGUGUUGAAUGCGUAUGCAGUGUAAUCAGCUCUUCUGUACCAGUUGAGGAAGGUUCUAGUUGGCAUCUCUAGCUCUCUAGGGGA